GGCUGAGCCCUCCCCGCCGCCCGCCCCUCCGGGCGCCCGCCCCCCUCCCCCCGCCCCCGCCCGCGGCCUGGAGCGCGCCUCCCUCGCCGCCCCGGGUCUGGAGAGCCGGCGCCGGCCGAGCUGCGGGGGAGCCGCGGAUAGCACCAGCCGCAGCCGCCGCGGGAGCUGCUCCGGCCGCACCAUGCGAGAACUGGCCAUCGAGAUCGGGGUCCGAGCCCUGCUUUUCGGGGUCUUCGUUUUUACGGAGUUCUUGGAUCCAUUCCAGAGAGUCAUCCAGCCGGAGGAGAUCUGGCUCUAUAAAAACCCUUUGGUGCAGUCAGACAACAUACCUACCCGCCUCAUGUUUGCAAUUUCUUUCCUCACACCCCUGGCUGUUAUUUGUGUGGUGAAAAUUAUCCGGCGAACAGACAAGACUGAAAUUAAGGAAGCCUUCCUAGCCGUGUCCUUGGCUCUUGCUUUGAAUGGAGUCUGCACAAACACUAUUAAAUUAAUAGUGGGAAGACCUCGCCCCGAUUUCUUUUACCGCUGCUUUCCAGAUGGAGUGAUGAACUCGGAAAUGCACUGCACAGGUGACCCCGAUCUGGUGUCCGAGGGCCGCAAAAGCUUCCCCAGCAUCCAUUCCUCCUUUGCCUUUUCGGGACUCGGCUUCACGACGUUUUACUUGGCUGGCAAGCUGCACUGCUUCACCGAGAGUGGGCGGGGGAAGAGCUGGCGGCUCUGUGCUGCCAUCCUGCCCCUGUACUGCGCCAUGAUGAUCGCCCUGUCCCGCAUGUGCGACUACAAACAUCACUGGCAAGAUUCUUUUGUUGGUGGAGUCAUUGGCCUCAUUUUUGCCUACAUUUGCUACAGACAGCACUACCCGCCUCUGGCCAACACAGCUUGUCACAAACCCUACGUCAGUCUACGAGUCCCGCCGUCGCUGAGGAAAGAUGAGAGGCCCACGGCCGACAGCGCACCCAGCCUGCCCCCUGAGGGGAUCACCGAGGGCCCCGUAUGACUGGGACCUCGGAGGAUGGUCGCUGAGCCCAGGCCACGCUCUACCACCUACCAUAACACAGUAGAAGAGGUUUUCUGUAGUGUGCUCCUCAUCAGUUGUUUAUCCAAGUUAUCCUCCUGCUUCCAUUUUGCCGACGGUGUUCCUGCUACUUUAAAUGUGUACUUUCAGCUCUCCUGAAUUUGCAAGGGAAGGACCCAGGAACGUUCUCUGAGAGACCUGUGGGUUUGGAAGGAGGCUGCAAGGGUGGGCGGGCACAGCUUGGUCAAUUCCUCCAUCUGAAAUGUUUUCUAUCGCAGCCAGCGUCCUAUGAUUUCACGGUUGUAAAGCAUAAUAAAAUGUCGCACCUGGAA